UAUCAAAGGAAAAAUAAGAAGCAAAGCGGCAGCAGCUCACUCUGCCUUGCCUUUCCAACAGUUAAAUAUGUCUAUUUUUCCCACCCAUGUUUGCUCCAGUUUUCUAUUUCUUCUCUAAGCUCUACGCUUCCCCUCUUCCUCCCUUCCCUCUCCCCGCCCAACGCCAAUGGCGUUUUCCGAGCAGCAGCAGGAAGCCACGUUAUCAUCGUCACAGGCCAGGCUACUGGAGAUACGAGAGGAAGAAGAAUGCAGCUACGACACCCAUGUCUCCAAAUCUCUGAAUCGCCUCGAGACAUUCCUCAAAAUCUUCGGCUUCUGCCAGAACUCCAUCUUCACCAUCCUGCUUUCAUGGCUCUCUUUUCUCCUCGUAGCCGUUGCUCUCCCGCUCUUCAUCUUCCACUACUUCUACUCUUCCACCCCUAAUAUGUACGAGAUCAAGAGCUUCGAGCUUGAGAUUUUGGCCUUUCAGUCUCUGGUAGCUGCUUUCUCUCUCCUCUGCAUAUCCCACAAUCUGCGCAAGUACGGCGUCAGGAAGUUCCUCUUUGUGGAUCGCUCCCAUGGCCACUGCACCCAGCUGGACAGCGAGUAUGCCAAGAAAAUUAAUGAUUUUUUUUACCUAUUGGCAGUUUGGCUACUCCCCUGCCUCCUUGUGAAGACAGCUCGAGAAGGCAUUCGUCUACUAUAUCUGCCCCAAGGUCCAUUAUGGCAAUCUAUUGCUAUCCUGAUAGCCUUGACGAUUUCCUGGACUUACUCCAGUGUUAUCUUCCUCUCGGGCUGCACUUUGUUCAAUUUAGUCUGCAACUUUCAAGUCAUACGGUUUGACAAUUACGGCAAGCUGCUUGAAAAGGACUUGGAUGUGUCCGAAUACAUAGAAGAACAUAUUCGUCUCACCCAUUACAUGUCCAAGAUCAGCCACAGAUUCAGAAUUUUCUUCGUGUUUGAGCUCUUGGUCGUCACAGCAAGUCUGUUCGUGGCUUUGGUUGAAACUACAGGGAAUCAUGGCCUCAUUAAUCUCAUCAAUGGUGCUGAUUUUGGGGUAACAGCCAUAGUUGAACUAGUUGGGCUCGUGAUUUGCCUACAUGCAGCUACUAGGGUAUCACAUAGAGCUCAAGGCAUAGUGUCAGUUGCCACAAGAUGGCAUUCCAUGGCUACCUGUGCCUCCAAUGAGACUUCAUCUUCUGCUUCUCAAGCGCCAAUAAGCGGCAAUGGUGACUGCAUGGAGGUCUCAGUUCCCCUUUCCUCAGACUUCUUCCACCAUACUUAUUCUGAGAGCGACUUGGAGGCAGUCGACUAUGUCCCGAUUCCUACAAAUACUGCACUUUCUACAUAUCAGAAGAGACAAUCUUUCGUGAUGUACCUUAUGGCCAACCCGGGCGGAUUCACAGUUUUUGGGUGGAGAAUAGACCGAGCUUUGGUGAAUACCAUCUUCUUUCUGGAGGUAUCACUGGCUAUGUUUGUGCUGGGGAAGACCAUUACUUUCCCUUCACAGUGACUACAUUUGUGAUCUAGAAAAGACUUCAAAAGAACCCAACAGCAUUAACAGUGGGGAGUCUUGCUUCUUUUGUUUUGUCCACCAUUGGGAUGUUUUUUUUAGUUUCAGUGGUGGGACAACUACGUACCCUUUUUUUCCCCAUCUUGUUGUUUAAUAUCUACAUCUGCUUCUCGUGAGAGGAACUGACAGUAUCAGGCUGUGUUUGUGAUGACUGAUAUUGAAUAUGCUACAGUUCCACUCGGCCUAUAAGGAAUAGAAGCAUUAGAGCUUUGUUAGUGCAGACCCAACUUUCCAUAUUUUGUUGCAUUAUUCUUGUGGCUUUUGUUUGGCCCACUGUUUCAUCUUUUCUCAGCGAGAAACUUUCCAAUGGCUGGUAAUUCUUUCUAUGAUCUACUGAUGACAUUUUUUUAGAAUAUGUUCUGCUGAUGACAUUGUACAAGGAAUUUGUUUUAGUAAAGCUCCACUCAACUCUCAAAUUGACUACUAAAAUGUGAGUAGUGUU